CUUAAACCACAAAGACAACGCACUCACUCAUUUGUCUAGUCAAUUGCUUUGUGUUUGUAAGCUAUAAGCAAGUAUGGCAUGCUGCCAGCAAGAGAACGUUCAACAGCAGCUGAAUGUGACUGUUUGCUGUAAGGCUGAUAUUAAAUGGCAAGAAAAAAUUUGUAAGGCUCUGGGUAUCAAAGAUGCAAAGGCAACACUUGUUCCGUGCAAUCCCAAUGACUCAGCUCAGAUCUGGGUGAAACUUGAGGCAGACAUUGGCGUUGUUAAGGGCUUUCUCCUUCUGAACACAAAUCUCACUAUGGCCCUUUCGCAUGGCACCAAUGCGGGUGAGGUGGUAGUGUUGGUCGAUUAUAACGGUGUUCCUGACGACAGCUUGCUCUGGGUUGAAUGUGGGAACAACAAAGAGGGGUUUAUGGGUAUAGGUGUGGCAAAUAACACUAAUCUCAGAUUGGAUGUAGCGCAGAAUGAGGAGGGUAUUACACUUGUGCUGCAGACGUCGGACGAGGAAAAGGACAGCCAGUUCUGGCAGAUCUCGUCCUACCCCUAAAAUGAUUAUCAUGAUAUAUGCAGUAUACAGACAUAUAUUUUCUAUAACUAUAUUACCUUAAGGUUAUGGAUAUUGUUAGUCCGUAACUUUUUAAGUGUGGAUUUCAGGAGUACAUGCGGU